GAAAUGGGGGACGCUACACGGGCUCUGGCGAGGGAACACGUGUGCAUGCAACAUGCACACAUUCUGGCCCCGCCUACGAGAUCCACCGAGUGGUACCUCCGCGUUCGAUAGUCACAGACGGUCUACCACCCACGGACAAUCACAACAUCCAUAGCCAAGAGAAAAAUGUCUCUUAGGACGGGACUCGAACCCGCGCAGCGCACGGCGACUGAUCAGGA